GCAUAGCGGGCAUACUCAAAGUGAGGGGGCGGACGACUGCUGCCCUUCAUCACUUUUCAGCACAGUUUGAUACUGUUGUGCCCCCCCCCCUCUUUGGUGUUGUAUUUUAUCAGCUAUUUAUAUCUAUUUAAUCGCCGUGAGAAAAGAAAUGGCGCAGCCGGACGGCAAGAAAAUCUUCUUUGAGAACCUGUCGGGAGCAGGGAAAGCCAUCGCGGUACUGACGAGCGGAGGAGAUGCUCAAGGGAUGAAUGCUGCUGUACGUGCUGUGGUGCGAAUGGGCUUAUAUGUGGGAGCAAAAGUUUAUUUCAUUCACGAGGGAUAUCAGGGAAUGGUGGAUGGCGGGGAGAACAUACGGGAAGCAACAUGGGAAAGUGUCUCCAGCAUGCUGCAAGUGGGCGGGACCGUUAUCGGCAGCGCCCGCUGCAAAGAGUUUCGCUCUCACGAAGGACGGCUGAAGGCAGCUCACAACCUGGUGCAGCGCGGCAUCACCAACCUAUGUGUGAUCGGUGGAGAUGGCAGCCUGACUGGAGCCAACCUCUUCAGGGAGGAAUGGAGCGGGCUGCUGGGAGAGCUGGUAGAGCAAGGCUUGAUCGAAGCUGAUGCUGUCCAGAAGUACUCCGCCCUUCACAUCGUGGGCAUGGUUGGCUCCAUCGACAACGACUUCUGUGGAACUGACAUGACAAUCGGCACAGACUCAGCUCUGCAUAGAAUCAUCGAGGUGGUGGAUGCUAUCAUGACAACUGCACAAAGUCACCAGAGGACGUUUGUGUUGGAGGUCAUGGGCAGACACUGCGGCUACCUGGCCUUGGUGAGCGCUCUGGCUUGUGGUGCAGACUGGGUGUUGAUCCCUGAAAUGCCUCCAGAGGACGGCUGGGAGGAGAAGAUGUGUCAGAAACUGUCUGCGACCCGUUCCAGGGGCACAAGGCUGAACAUAAUCAUAGUUGCAGAAGGAGCCAUUGACAGGCAUGGGAAGCCUAUAACCUCUAGUUUUGUCAAGGAACUCGUUGUAAAAUGCUUGGGUUUCGACACACGAGUGACAAUCUUGGGGCAUGUGCAAAGAGGAGGGACCCCAUCGGCCUUCGACCGCAUCUUGGCCAGUCGUAUGGGUGUGGAAGCUGUUCUUGCACUUCUGGAAACCACAGCCAACACGCCGGCCUGUGUCGUCUCUCUGUGCGGGAACCAGUCGGUUCGCCUGCCUCUCAUGGAGUGCGUACAGAUGACUCAAGAGGUUCAGAAGGCCAUGGACCAGAAACGGUUUGAGGAGGCUGUGAGGCUGCGGGGCAGGAGCUUUGAAAACAACCUGAGGACGUACAAACUGCUGGCUCACCGUAAACCGGAAUCCGAACUGCCAGUUAGCAACUUCAACGUGGCGGUGUUGAACGUUGGGGCCCCUGCAGCGGGCAUGAAUGCCGCCGUGCGUUCGGCCGUCAGGGUGGGCAUCUCCGAGGGGCACAAGAUGUUUGCUGUCAGCGAUGGGUUCGAGGGAUUCUACAAAGGACAGAUUAAAGAGAUUAAAUGGGCUGAUGUCGGAGGAUGGACAGGACAGGGUGGAUCUCUGCUGGGAACCAAAAGAACUCUUCCCGCAAAGCAUGUUGACAAAAUUGCAGAGCAGAUGCGCAAGUACAAUAUAAAUGCACUGCUGGUAAUUGGUGGAUUCGAGGCCUUGCUGUCACUGCUGGAAUUGUUAACGGCUCGCGGGAAAUAUGACGAGUUCUGUGUGCCCAUGGUCAUGGUCCCAGCCACUGUCUCCAACAAUGUGCCGGGCUCAGACCUCAGCAUUGGCGCUGACACGGCCCUGAACGCCAUCACUACUACUUGCGACCGCAUCAAGCAGUCAGCUAGUGGGACCAAGAGACGCGUGUUCAUCAUCGAGACUAUGGGAGGCUACUGUGGCUACCUGGCCAGCGUAGGGGGCCUGGCUUCUGGGGCCGAUGCCGCAUAUAUCUUUGAGGAGCCUUUUGACAUCAGAGACCUGCAGGCCAAUGUUGAGCAUCUGACAGAGAAAAUGAAGACCACCAUUCAAAGAGGACUGGUCCUCCGGAAUGAGAACUGUAAUGACAACUACACAACAGACUUCAUCUAUCAGCUGUACUCUGAAGAAGGGAGGGGAGUGUUUGACUGCAGGAAGAAUGUGCUGGGACACAUGCAGCAGGGAGGAGCGCCAUCUCCGUUUGAUCGUAACUUUGGGACCAAGAUCUCAGCCAAGGCGAUGCAGUGGGUUUCCAAAAAACUGGUGGAGACGUUCAGACAAGAUGAAGGCCGAGUGUUUGCUAACACCGAGGACAGCUGCUGUCUGCUGGGGAUGCGCCGCAGGGCUCUGGUCUUCCAGCCUGUCGUGCAGCUCAAGGAAGAUACCGACUUUAUUCACAGGAUCCCCAAGGAGCAGUGGUGGCUGAAGCUGCGUCCUCUCAUGAAGAUCUUAGCCAAGUACAAGACGAGCUACGACGUCUCUGACUCCGGACAGCUGGAGCACGUCGUCCGCAACCGACCCAAAGAGUCGGACGCUUCAGUAGCCAUGUGAAGGCCCUAAAACCCCAGUCCGUGUGUAAGACUGAAAGUCUGCGAGGCGUCAGUCUAUGUGUUGUUAAAGAUCUCCAGUAACAACGUGAACACCUUGUCUCUCUGUGGCUACAUUAUGUGUUCAUUUCUUGCCCGUUAUUUCCUCCAGCGCAGCUCCCGUCCGUUUUGUCUUCACGUCGCGCCUCUGCAGCGCUCCCGUCGUCAAACUAGCACGACGCUCUUGCAAACACAUGCACAGCUGCCCCCGCCAUGCAUCUACGUGUCCUCGCUGACCUCGAUGUUUAGUGUCACCGUUGUUUUUAAAUUUGCACUUUCUCUGUCUCAAGUUGCUUAGUCAGGCUCUGAUUCCAGAGCUGCACAAGGACAGAAUAGACACUGUAUCUGCAGUAAAGACCAGUGUGUGAGUGUCUGCCUAGAACCAGUGUGGGGUUCAGCAUAUUUAUGUGAGACUGAUGCAAUACAGUUCUGCUGCUGCAAUUCAGGAGAACUGUGUGCUGUGCUUUACACUGAAACUAAUAUUUAUCUUUUUAACAUUGUUUAUUUUGCUUGUAAACAUGGAUAUAUUAAUAAUUGUAGGCACUGCUGUCCUGAGUAGCUGUCUGUUGUAUUGCACCAACAAGUUAGACGUGUAAGAGAAUGUUUCCCACAGAAUAAAAUCAGACUUGGAGAAGUGUA